GGUCUCUGGAGCCUCGUAGAGAGUUUGUAGCGCACAUUUUAGGCCAAGGCAGGGUGGUGAGUUUGCUUUGCCUGAGCUGUCCGAGGUGUGGAAAAGCUGAAAGACCAUUAAUCCCUUUGGCUCUCGUGCUGACAAGGAACUGGAGGAAUGUCUCAGCAGCUGCGAGGCGAGAGUGAUUUUGACCAGCUUCCCGAUGAUGUGCCUGUUUCUGCUAACAUCGCAGACAUUGAGGAGAAGAGAGGCUUCUCUAGUUACUACGUCUUUGUGAUUGAGGUGAAAACAAGAGGUGGAGGCAGGUAUAUGAUAUUCCGCCGUUACAGCCAGUUCUAUAACUUGCAUGCCAAGCUAGAGGAAAGAUAUGGUUCAGAAAGCAGAAACAGUCGCUUUAGCUGUCUACUCCCUGUCCUGCCUGGAAAAGUUUAUGUUGGUGCAAAGAGGGAGAUUGCUGACAGCCGAAUCCCAGUACUCAAUGCGUACAUGAAGAAAUUGCUUAGCUUUCCAGCCUGGUUGCUGCUAGAUGAAGAUGUCCGAUUGUUUUUCUACCAGUCGGAGUUUGACAGCCAGCAGGUACCUCAGGGGCUGCGCAGGCUUCGGCCACGCACGCGUCGCGUCAAGAGCGUUUCACCCCAGGAACCUGGCUUUGACCGACUGGCAGCCCCGCGGGCAGAGGCACUGUUUGAUUUUACUGGGUCCACAAAACUGGAACUGAGCUUCAAGAAGGGAGACUUGAUUUAUUUGCUCAGCAGGGUCAACAAGGACUGGUUUGAGGGAACUGUCCGAGAUGCCACUGGAAUUUUCCCAUGUGCUUUUGUGGAUAUCAUCAAAGAACUCCCACAGGAAGAGGACACCAUCAACUGGCUGCGCUGCUAUUAUCACGAUGACAAUGUCAGCAGCAUCAGAGACAUAUCGGUGGAGGAGGACCUGAGCAGCACCCCACUAUUCCAAGACCUCAUGGAAUUAAUAAGGCGAGCGUUUGCACGGGACGAUAUUGCCCUGAAUUACCGUGAUGCUGAGGGCGAUCUGAUCCGCUUGCUGUCUGAUGAGGAUGUUGUACUCAUGGUGAAGCAAGGCAGGAGUUGGCCUUAUGAGAAGCACAUCUUCCCGUGGAAACUGCAUGUUACUCAGCAAGAUGAUUACAGUGUCUAUGACCCAGUGGGAGCUAGAGUCGCAGCACAAACAGCAACAGGACCAUGAUCCUUGUUGCUAGUGCUGCUCAACAGGGGUGGUAGUACAACAGCCUGGAACCCUGCAGGACUUUCUCCAUAUUUUACUACACAUUUUCUUUGGUUAACAAUAUGCAUUGCAUUAUCACAGAGGGUUAUUUUGACUGUACCCAUGCACCUCUCUUCUUGUAGGCUUUUUGGCUACUAUGUUCUUGAUUUAGAACAUGUUCAUUAUUAUUAUUAUUUUAUUACUAUGUUAACAUAAGUUAUAUGAUAACUGUGUUGGUAUUAAAGGGUUAAGUUAUACUAAUCGCUCUAAACACUGAGCAGCUCAGCAUCAUUAAACAUCCAGGAAUGUUCGACAGCUUGUAUAAAUAGUCAGUUCCUUGCAUGUGCUCUCUCUCUUAGUAGCGUUUUUUCUCUUAGGAGUGUUUUUUCUCUUGGUUGUUGUAAUUAUGCCUCAAGCCUGGACGCUGAGGCAAAGCUUUGUUUAAGUUUUUACUUGGCCAGAGAUGAAGGUAUGCCUGCCUUAUCUCCAGGCUACGUUUUUUUUGUAAAUAAAGUCUUUUGAGUUUGCAACGUGCUCCAGAGUUCCUGCAUUUACAACUCUUGCUGACUAAUCCUUACCCUUUGCCGUUGUGCUAAAACGCUCUGCUGAAAAGGAAGAUUUACGUCCGGAAGCGCAACUGGACCGGUAACUUUGUUUACUUAAACACUAGCUAAUUAAAGCUUAUGGACACAUUGUAUUGUAGUAAAAAAGUUACUAUAAGCAUGCUCUGGGUUCUGUCAGUCACUUUUAGGUUCUAACAAUCUCACGGUAGUAUUAUAUUAUGGUUAGCAGCUACAACAGUUUCCUCUAGCUCAUUUAAACACGAAUUUAAAAAAUUCAUUUCUCCAGCUAUGCUGUCAAUAAAUGUCUUCACUCGGGUAUCCAUCUAUAUGCAAGCUUACAUUUACCAAGGCAUCUAUUUAUGUAGAAAGGCUAAUUGAAGAUGGGCUUUUAAAGAACACUCGUUUACAGCAUUGUUGGUUUUGCUGAACUAUAGAGCAUGCCAAAGCACAAUUCUUUUUUGAAACAUCAUUCCCUCUGCUUCUGAUGCUUAGACUGUGAGUGCCAAUGCUUAUGCUGUCAGAAUGGUACUGCCUGCACACAAGAGCAAGGUAGCAGUGGGAUUGAGUAGGUGGCCACUACUGACUAUGUUUCAACACUCCUGGCUGGUUUUUGUUAGUCUACUGCUUCAAUAAUCACACUGAUGUACUUGGGGAAAGCGGGUUAAUUGCUGAGAAUUAGUGUGAGUUUACUUUUUAUUCUAUUCUAUUGUAUGUGAUUAAAAAGAAGAAGAAGUUUAUGACCUUAGAAUUUGUUGUAUGUCACUUUGAGAACUUUGUGGUAUUCAGCUAACGGAGAAAUCUCUGUGACUUCUUGCGGGACAGAUCCCCUGCUCUUCUGAAUAUCUUGAACCUCUGGGCAGGACUCUGGCCUCUCUGGGGAGACAGAGUUUUGAGCCACAGGGCAGGCAUGAUAGGAACAGGAGGACGAUGAGA